AUGGCUUCCACAACCUCGUUAAAGGAGCUCGUCAAGACCAUCAAUACCUUCCUCGUCGACCCGUCUCUCCCACUUCCAGAUACCUUCGUCGACACCCUCACCACCUUCACCCAAAAGCAAGAAGAAGAUGACAAUUCCGCUGCCGACCUCCUCCAAGAUAGCCUGCUCUCUGUCUUCGAUAAGCGAGUCAAGGGCAAUGCCAAGGCUGUAGGCCCAUGGAUCGCCAUCCUUCGACGAUUGCUGCCGGUUCUGCAGACUCCAGAAAGAAUUUUGCCGUGGUUUGAUGCAUGCAAGGGCAUCUUGGACAGGGCCGAUCUAGACAAAUAUGUCGUUGAUGAGACCGUGGCCUCCCUCAUGGAUCUGAUAACUCUUAUCGACGAGUUUCAAAUCUCAUUUGCAGCCAACUCGGCUGCUAACCGCAUCAUAGACCGCCUGUUUCAAGUAUGGAUGGAUCGCUUCUACCCAGCUCUUCUGGAUGGUAACACUUCGUCCGAGUACAAUGAGAGGCUAAUCCGCCACGCCUUGUGCAAUUUCGGGAAGAAGCGACCCAAGGAGCUCUUCACCGCCAUGGAUGGGUAUUUUGUUCAAAGCAAGUAUCGCAAGUCGGCACUGAGAUUUCUUUGUGACUUUAUUCAGAUUCAACCACCGCAUCUACACCAAGUUCUGCAUACGUCGCUAUUUGGCAAUCUUAUGACUUGUUUGCAGCAUGACACGUCAACAACCAUUGUGUCCGCUGCGUUGACGACUCUCAUCAUGCUUCUGCCACACAUGCCGAGCUCUUUGGUACCGCAUUUGCCUGCAUUGUUCAACAUUUACGGCCGCCUUCUGUUUUGGGACAGAGAACACUCGAGACCGGCCGAGUGGCCCGAUAGUGACGGGGCUGGUCCUGAACCCGCUCCUGGAUGGGAGGUGGCAACAUUUGAUCCGGAUGUCGACGACCAAUCCAUCGCUCACCUUCCCAAUUACUAUACCAUUUUGUACGGUCUAUAUCCCAUCAACUUUAUGGACUAUAUUCGCAAACCACAGAGAUACUUGCGCCAUGCCAAUGCAGCCAAUGCAGAUGAAGUAGAGGUCCAGCCAACUGAGAUGCGCCAUCGGUCUGAAACCUUCCGGCGAAACCAUCUGUUGCAUCCCAAUUUCUACUCUCUCACCAUUGAUUCUGAAAAGACCGAUUUUGGCCGCUGGAUAAAGAGCGAGGCUGCCGAGGUCGUGGCUGAGUGUAUGGGCUUAUGUCUGGAGACGGACUUGUACAACUUUGCUGAUCUGAGUUCUGCGGAAAUCCCUGGCUCCAGCCCGGGGGUUGUCAACACCACUGCAGCUCUCGGUAAUGAUGUGUUGGAAAAGUCCAAGGCCGAUGCCGCCUUAUUGAGCGGCCCGGGUGGAAAGCAUGAUAGCUGGCGCAACUCACACCUGACGGCUUCAGACUCCGCCUCAAGCAACCAGACACCAGUCACUGCAAUGCGUCGUGGCUCACAGUCAAGCGUACCAUCACAUCGGGAUUCUACUGGCGACGGGCGGUCAAGAACGGGUGGGACAGAUAGCCCGACUUUGACACUAUCGCCAUCCCACCCCCAGUUGCAAGAUUUAAUUCAGUCUAACAAGGUCAUCAAAUCAGGUUUGCACCAAUCGUUGGCCAACGACAGCGUCGCAUCGCUUGCUCUGAGCCAUCAGGACUCGGUCACAGAGAAAGCCCCUCCUGGUGCUCCAACAGCAUCAGCAGCAACGGCGCCGCUUCCGCUUACAUCGCACUCACCCUUCCCAACCUCAGAAAUGUCUACCCAAGUUGUACACUUACAAAAGCAAAUCUUGCUUUUGCAAAAUGACUUGAGUUUUGAGCGCUACCUGAAGCAACAGCACAUGGCACAUAUUGGCGACCUUCGACGCAAGCAGAUGGCUGAAGCAGCAACAGAAGCCGAGACACAAAAUUUGAUUAUGAUGAACCGAAAUCUCAAGAGCCGGUUUGAGGAUGCUAAAAACUCCGAGAUGCAGGUCAAAAAGGAGUCAGAGAAGAGUCGCGCCAUGGCGAAGAAAUGGGAGGCCGAUUUGGCCAACAAGUUGAAAGACUUGCGACACAAGUCCAAGAAGAUGCAGGCCGAAAUGGAAGCAUUGCAACGGGAAUUGGAGGAAUCCAAACAAGAAGGCGACAAACUCCGCAAGCUGCUUUGCGCCGCUGAAGUCAAGGAACUAAACUGGAAACAAAACAUGCAGUCUAUUGAAAUACAUGGCGCCGAGAUCGACCGCCUGAAGGCUGAAGUGGAACGGCUGACGAGGUCUGAGAGAGACCAUCAAGCCAAGGAGUUGGAACGUCAGCAGAUGAUAAACUCUGCGACAAAGACGGAGAGCCGGGCUGAGGCUCUGAAGAUGAGGCUAGAUGCACAGGAAAAUGAGGUUCAGCGCGUGAAGAAAUUGUUCCAGUCGCAAGUUGCGGCUCUUCAAACACAACUUUCUGAAGCGCAGGAGGAGCGCGAACGGCCUGGGUCCAACUCGAAUCUCGCUGUAGAAAGUGCUUUGGCGGCCAGUCGGGCCAAGCAAGCGGAACUGCAGAAACAGCAUGCUCUGCUGAUGCGCAAGUAUACAGCACUUCAGUCGUCACUGCUGGAUAUGCAGUCAGAACAGCCACCAGAGCAAACGCGGGCAACGGCGUCUCAGCACCAACCAACGGACGCAGAUUAUCUGUCAUUGUCAACCAGCCCGGUUGUUGUCAAGGCCCGGUCACAUCGAGCAUUGUCUAAUGCAGAAGCAACAGGCCACAACAUGAAGUCGGCCGGGGGUUCGCAAUCCGGCGGGACUACGACAGGCAGUACACUUACGAAAGAGGGCAGUGGUUCCCAGGCCGAAGCGUCGGGAAGCCCCAUUUCUCCUGACCAGAGAACUUUUAGCGGCCUACAGAGUCGACUGCGUCGGGACUCGAGAGAUAAGAGCAAGGAUGAUGGCAGCAGUGCUUCAGGGAAGCCAAAGAAGGAAAAGAAGUCUUCUGGCUUAAGAGGCAUCAGGGGAUUUGUAUAG